UGCUGUUGUUCGUAGCCCACGCAAGUGCAAUGCUUAGUUGUCCUGAUGGAGGAAAAAUUAUUGAGCAUGGAAUCAGUCACGUGGGUGUCAGGGAGGUCGUGAGGCUGCACAACAAGUUCAGGAUGGAAGUUGCACAUGGAUCGGUGAAGAAUCAACCCCGAGGAAUCAACUUGAAGAGAAUGAAAUACGACCAUCAAUUGGACGAUCUGGUUAAGACCUCCCUGGAGAAUUGUAAAUUGCAGAGCAAAAAGAUCCAUGACGAACGUUUCAGACACGUUGGACAAAACUUAUUUAUGGAGAUGACCACCGAUUUGGACAGCGCCUUCGAACAGAACUGGGAAAAGGUCAUCACCUCUUGGUUCAACGAUAAUGAGAAUUACCAGUACCCAAAUCUGGAUCCGGAGACAAUGGCAGGUGGACAUUACUCGCAAAUCGUUUGGGCCGAAAGCGAAGCCCUCGCCUGUCAUUUCAUCGCCUUCGAGAACCUCUCCAACACCAGAUACCCGUACGGAAAGAUCUACACCUGCUACUAUGGACCUGGUGGAAACAUCAUAGGAAAAGCGCCUUACAAGUCAGGAAGACGCGGAUGCGAAAACUUGUGUUAAAAAAACGGAU